GGGAGGGAGGAAUCAUACACGCCACCAUGGUGCACCACUCGGGAUCCAUUCAGUCCUUCAAACAGCAAAAAGGCAUGCACACGAGCAUCAGUGAGAUUCUGAAGGAGAAGACUCUGAAGCCGUCUCGCCGCAGCCUGCCGUGUCUGGCCCAGAGUCAGACGCACCCGCACGGCCUCCACCACUUCCUGUCCAUCCCCCUGAGCCCCGAGAGCACCAAGACCCACGCCACGCCCGCCACACACACCACACACAGCGUCAGCACCUCCUGCACACACAUCACGCCGCAGACCACAGAAGCACCAAAGGACCAGUAUGUGGAGGUCUCGGAGGCGGGUGGUUUUGAGUCGAGGGUUGAGGAGUCGCUUCUCAUCAAGAAACCGGUCUGCCGAGCCAAACUGGAGGCUCGCACCGAAUCCAUCAAAUCUGCUAAGAACGUGCGGCUGCAGCCCUCGGGGCUGCUGUUCCGAGACGGGAAGAAGCGCAUCGACUACAUCCUGGUUUACAAGAAGUCCAGCCCUCAGGUGGAGAAGAGAUGCACCUUCGAGAGGAACCUGCGGGCGGAAGGACUCAUGCUGGAGAAGGAGCCCUCGUUGACCAAUAAUGACAUCAUGUUUGUGAAGAUCCAUGCCCCCUGGGACACCCUGUGUAAAUACGCAGAACAGAUGAAUAUCAGGAUGCCUUUCAGGAAAAAGUGCUACUUCUCAGACUGGAAGAAGAAAGCGAUGGGCAGGUACAGUAGCCACUUCCAUCUGAGAUGUCGUCAGAUAAAGAGCUGGCUCCCCAGGAACCCGAUGAAGCUGGAUAAGGAAGCGCUGCCCGACCUGGAGGAGACCGACUGCUACACGGCUCCUUUCAGCCGCGCCCGAAUGCACCACUUCACCAUAAACAACAGAGAGACGUUUUUCUCCAACUCCACACGGAGCCGCAUCGUUCAUCACGUCCUUCAGCGCACCAAGUAUGAGGACGGCAAAUCUAAGAUGGGAAUCAAUAGGUUACUGACCAACAGCACUUAUGAGGCAGCGUUCCCCCCACAUGAGGGCGGCUACAAGAGCAGACACCCCAUAAAGACGCACGGGGCCCAGAACCACAGACACCUGCUGUACGAGAGAUGGGCACGCUGGGGCAUCUGGUACAAGUACCAGCCACUGGACCUCAUCAGACGGUACUUUGGGGAGAAGAUUGGCCUGUACUUUGCGUGGCUUGGCUGGUACACCGGCAUGUUGAUCCCUGCUGCUCUGGUGGGCCUCUUCGUCUUCCUCUAUGGCCUCUUCACCAUGGACUCCAGUCAAGUCAGCAAAGAGAUCUGUGAGGCGAACACGACAAUAAUGUGCCCAAUGUGUGAGGAGAACUGCAGCUCGUGGAAACUUAGUGACAGCUGUGUGUAUGCCAAGGUGACUCAUCUUUUUGACAACGGAGGAACUGUGUUCUUUGCUAUAUUUAUGGCAAUAUGGGCCACAGUGUUCCUGGAGUUCUGGAAGAGGAGGAGGGCGGAGCUAACGUAUGACUGGGACCUAAUUGACUGGGAGGAGGAAGAGGAGGAACUACGUCCACAAUUUGAGGCAAAGUACUCUCGUGUGGAGAGAGUGAACCCAAUCUCUGGCAAGCCGGAGCCUUUUCAGCCUUUCACAGACAAACUCAGCAGGCUCAUGGUGUCCGUGUCCGGAAUCUUCUUCAUGAUCUCUCUGGUAUUGACGGCAGUGUUUGCAGUGGUGGUUUUCCGACUGAUCGCCAUGGAGAAGUUUGCAUCGUUCCAGUGGGAGUUUGUGAAGAAGAACUGGCAGUUUGCCACCUCUGGCACAGGAGUCUUCAUCAACUUCAUCAUCAUUAUGUCCCUCAACGUGGUGUAUGAAAAAGUGGCAUAUUUACUCACAAAUUUGGAACACCCAAGGACAGAAUCUGAAUGGGAAAACAGCUUUGCCCUCAAGAUGUUCCUUUUCCAGUUUGUGAAUCUGAACAGCUCCACCUUCUACAUCGCCUUCUUCUUAGGAAGGUUUGCUGGCCGGCCGGGGAAAUACAAUAAGCUGUUCAACCGCUGGAGGCUGGAGGAGUGUCACCCCAGCGGCUGUCUGAUUGACCUGUGUCUACAAAUGGGAGUGAUCAUGGUGUUUAAGCAGAUGUGGAACAACUUCAUGGAGCUCGGCUACCCGCUGCUGCAGAACUGGUGGUCCCGUCGCAAGAUCAGGAAGCGGGGAGGCGGCGGGGUGGUGGACGGGGUGCUGCCCCAGUGGGACAAGGACUGGACCCUGCAGCCCAUGAACGCACACGGCCUGGUGGACGAAUACCUGGAGAUGGUCCUGCAGUUUGGCUUCACCACUAUCUUCGUGGCGGCGUUCCCUCUGGCCCCUCUACUGGCGCUGCUCAACAACAUCAUCGAGAUCCGGCUGGACGCCUACAAGUUCGUCACCCAGUGGAGGAGGCCCAUGCCGGCCCGCGCUACCGACAUCGGGAUCUGGCAUGGCAUCCUGGAGGGGAUCGGGGUGCUGGCGGUCAUCACCAAUGCCUUCGUCAUCGCCAUCACCUCGGACUACAUCCCUCGAUUUGUCUACGCCUUCAAGUACGGGCCCUGUGUGGACCAGGGCUACCACCACGAGAAUCGGUGCUUGAUGGGGUAUGUGAACAGCAGCCUGUCUGUGUUUGACCGGGGGGAGAACAACAGUCUGGCCCCGUCCAGAUAUUGCAGGUACCGGGAUUACCGAGCCCCUCCCUGGAGUGCAGAGCCGUACGAGUUCACUCUACAGUUUUGGCACGUCCUCGCGGCUCGCCUGGCUUUCAUCAUCGUCUUUGAGCACCUGGUGUUUGGCAUCAAGUCGUUCAUCGCGUACCUGAUCCCGGACAUGCCCAAGGACCUGUGCGACCGGAUGAGGCGCGAGAAGUACCUCAUGCAGGAGAUGAUGUACGAGGCCGAGCUGGAGCACCUGCAGAAAGAACGCAAGAAGAACGGACGCAGAUAUCACCACGAGUGGCCUUAG